AUGUCUUUCCACGUUAACGAGACUGCCUCGAGGAUCUCCACCUCAAGCGAUGAAGUCCCCCUUCCACAACAACGACGACAAAGGACUUGCUACGAGCACCUCGCAGGUAUCCUGCGCAACAUCAAAGACUGGAUUCCCGGACACACUCCCCCUGGAACCGAAGAUCUUCCAACCCUCUCUAUCCUUGUUGUAAACCAGCCGCGAGAAGCAGCAACAUCAGUUCCAGUCCCUCAACCCAGCUUCACGGCCCCUCCCGCGAUGAGAGCCGCGGACGAUUUCCGGCCGGACUUUGGAACGCAUGCAAGCCCUUCGCGAAUGCUCGGAACUCUGGCUCCUGCUCCCCCACCUGUAGAGAGCGAGGAAGAGGGUAUCGAAGAGGACCUGCGGAAGCAGAAGGCGACAGGCGAGAAGAUCAACAUCGGAAACACCAAGCCCAAGGACAAGGAUGUCGAGGCGACUGCCACCACUGCUCGCAUUCGCUAUGCUCCCACACUUGGGUACCCCACGGUUGCCGAUGUGCCCACUGCGAAGCGAAGAAGACCUGCCGCCAGGCCUCCUACGAGACGUGGCAUCGCCGCGGCGGGCAUUCCAACUAUCGUGGUCCAUGCACCUCCCAACGAGCUGGACCCUCUAGGAGCUGCAAGCGAGCAAGACGGAGAGAUGGAGAUGCCGAGCACUCCAAGUUUGAAGCCUGUCACGGACUCUUUGAGCUCUAUCUCGGAGGAGGACAUAGAGAUGUAG